CAGCCCACCACCCUACCAUUCUACCACGUCAGCAUCUCCCCACGCGGUCGAGCCUCUGCUAUAAGUACCCCCCAAUAGCCCGACACGUGUGACGGGGCUCAAAGCCUCCGUUCUAGAAAAAAGAAUAUUUUUUUUUAAAAAAAGCGAAAAUUCGACCCUGUUUCUAGAGAGAGAGUGUGUGGGAGGAGAGAGAAAGAGGAGGGCGGCGGGUCCGAAAUGGGAAAGACAGUGGAGAGGAAGAGGAAGAAGAAGGGCCGUCCCUCUCUCUUGGAUCUCCAGAAGCGUAGUCUCCGACUCCAGGAGCAACAGCAGAAGAGAAACCCUAACCCUAACCCCAACCCCAAUCCAUACCUCCGGUUCCCCAACACUGGCGCCGGCACUGGCCGCCGGAGCGCCCGCCGGAAUCCGAUCAUCGAGACUGUGUCAGACUUGCAUGCUGAUGGGGAAGAGGAUGAAGGUAACAUCGGGAAGCGGAGGGAGAAGAAACUUAAGCUCGUACUCCGAAUCGACGACCAUUCAGAAAAUUCACCGCGGCAUUCGGGGCCGUCGGGCACCGAAUCGGAAGAAGAGGGAUCGGGUUCACGCAGGAAGAGAAAGAUCGAGGCAUUCGAUGGUGGUGGGGAUCGCUUGAAGGUUGACAGGCACAGCUCACUGAAAACGACGGAGUUACUUCGAGCGGAUACAUCGAAUUUGGGGCCCGCGACAACUUUGCCGGACAAAAAGUUGCUGUUGUUCAUCCUUGAUAUGCUGCAGAAAAAGGAUACAUAUGGAGUCUUCUCAGAGCCAGUUGAUCCUGAGGAGCUCCCAGAUUAUCAUGAAGUCAUCAAGCAUCCUAUGGAUUUCAGUACAGUACGGAAGAAGCUAUCCAGUGGAGCCUACAAAAAUUUGGAACAGUUUGAGAAGGAUGUAUUUCUGAUUAGUUCAAAUGCUAUGCGCUACAACGCAACUGACACUAUCUAUUAUCGGCAGGCAAGAUCUAUUCAAGAACUUGCAAAGAAGAAUUUUGAGAACUUGAGGCAGGAAAGCGACAAGGAGCCCGAAUCGAAGACAGUUGUAAGAAGAGGAAGACCACCAAGCAAGAACAUCAACCGUUCUGUCGGCCUGCUUCCUUCUGAAUUUACUUCCUCAGGUUUCUCCACAGAUUCAACCCCAAAUAAUGCUGGCGGUGCUGCCAAUUUGUCUAAUCAAAGCCAACCUUUGUUGAAGAAAGGCUUGGCAACAGAUAAGCCUGGAUUGACUGAUAUUUCUGGAAAAGUUUUGUAUGGUCUUCGUAACUCUGAUCCGUUUGGUUGGAUGAACACGAAUAAAGUUGAUACAAGUGAGGAAUUCCCAGGUUCUGAGAAAGGGAUUACUACAAGAUUGGGCAAAAAAGCUCCGGUUAUGGAAGAGAAUCGGAGAACCACAUACAGUCAAUUCCAACAAUACAACUAUGGAUGUGAGCUGCCAAUUUGGUCUCUGUUUGAUGGUGAGAAGAAACAGCUAGCUGCGAUUGGACUUCUGGAAUAUGCAGCAUACGCCAGGAGCUUGGCUCGGUUUGCGGCGCAUCUUGGCUCCAUCGGCUGGGCUAUUGCUUCGAAGAAAAUCGAAAAGGCUUUACCUCCCGGAACAAAAUUUGGCCGAGGAUGGGUUGGGGACGACGAAAUCCUUCAAAAAUCUCAAACACAAAGCCGGUCUUCCCCUCCCUCUAACCACUUUUCUCAGGCCACAAUUUCUCCCUGCACCGCAAUUCUAAAAGGAAACCACAAACCUUUACAGCAGCUCGAGGCUUGCCUCCGAGACUCAUCUUCCAAAGGCUGCAGCAAGAGCACUUCGAUUGCUCCCGCCUCCGACCAUGGAGAAACCAAUGACAGAGAAACCGUCGGCCUGUUGAAGCCCCCUUUUCUCGCAAAUCAGAGUAGAGGAAUGCAACCUACAGUCAAUGGCUUCAGGUUCAACCUUCCUAACUCGAUGAAGCCUACAAGACCGCCGAUGUCGUUUGGUUCUGAGCCACCCAUGACUGAUGCCCGGCCAUUCGAUGCAUUAGUUAAGGCACAUUCAAGCCACUUCAAUCCGGAGAUGGCCUUAGCUUCUAACUCUCCUGCUUUUGACAAACCGACGAGAGGUCACUGCGAUGAUUCACAGCUGCGGUCCUCGUCUUCAUUGCCGGCGAAGUUGGAAUCUAUUCCGCCAGAUCUGAAUCUUAGAUUUCAGUCGCCAGGAUCUCCGGGCACCGCGGGGGUUGAUUCACAGCAACCUGAUUUAGCUUUACAACUCUAAUUGAAUUAUAAAGGCUUUGAUUAUUGGUUUCUGCUUAACAUUUUCAUCAUGGGCCUAGUGAGGAUUAGGUGAGGGAUGAAAUAUAGAUGAUAAUGAGGGUUUCAUAACCACAAUUGUUUGACUCCACCCUUGUGAUUAAGUAGUGAUUAAGAAGCUCAAUACAGUUGAGCGUUUGUACAGAUUAAAUUAAUGUAUCAGUCUGAUGAUGUUUUAUACAUCUUAUUAGUGACAAUUC